GUAGUUUUUGAGACCGAACUAAUUGAUUGUUCGUGGGGAAGCGACUUGAGCGGGGCGGUCGUGGAGAGAAGGAGGUUUUUCGUUUGAUUGUGGAACCGAGCGUGGUGCAGUGUGAGGCCGGGCCUCAACACCGCCCGAGGUAAAUGAAGGAAAAUAAGGAGAACUCCACCCCAACUACAGCACUGGCAAAUGCAGACCUCAGGAAGCCAUGCUGGUAUUGGGACAAAAAGGAUCUGGCCCACACCCCAUCACAACUUGAAGGACUUGAUCCAGCAACAGAGGCACGCUACCGUCGGGAGGGUGCCAGGUUUAUAUUUGAUGUGGGAACACGUUUGGGGCUACAUUAUGACACACUGGCCACAGGAAUAAUAUAUUUUCAUCGUUUCUAUAUGUUUCAUUCCUUCAAGCAAUUUCCACGAUAUGUUACAGGAGCCUGCUGCCUCUUCCUGGCUGGGAAAGUAGAAGAGACUCCUAAAAAGUGUAAAGACAUCAUUAAAACCGCUCGAAGUUUGCUGAAUGAUGUACAGUUUUCACAGUUUGGAGAUGAUCCCAAGGAAGAAGUCAUGGUACUGGAGAGGAUUUUGUUACAGACAAUUAAAUUUGACUUGCAGGUUGAACAUCCCUAUCAGUUCUUGCUUAAGUAUGCUAAACAGCUUAAAGUCCAAUUUUCUCUUUCUGCAGGUGACAAAAAUAAACUUCAAAAGCUGGUGCAAAUGGCUUGGACGUUUGUAAAUGAUAGCCUGUGCACCAUGCUUUGUCUGCAGUGGGAGCCAGAGAUCAUUGCUGUGGCUGUGAUGUACCUCGCUGGUAGGCUGUGCAAAUUUGAAAUCCAAGAGUGGUCAGCUAAGCCCAUUUACAGAAGGUGGUGGGAACAGUUUGUACAGGACGUGCCUGUGGAACUACUGGAAGACAUCUGCCAUCAGAUACUGGACCUUUAUUCCCAGGGUCAACAACAGAUGCCCCAGGCACCCCAGCCACAACUGCCAACAAUACCAAGUUUGGAGCAACCGAUACCACCACUGCAGGUGCAGCAAACCAAAAAACUUUCACCUCAGUCAACACCACCUCGGCAGAUUAAGCGCCCUGCAGUGGCUUCGCCAAAGGAAGAUGGCAAGACAACCGAGCUACAGCCUCCCAAAAUUCCCAAACUGGAAACCCCACACCCAGUAUUGCCGCCAACUACUCACCCUCCUCCAGAACGCAAACCAUCCAUAAGUACAGGGACCAGCAUCAUAGAAAGUGAACCACCUCCAACAGGAAAUGCCUCGGAAGUGGCAAAACCUUCCAUCCCACCACCUCUUCAUCCUCCUACUGUACACCAACAGCCACAGAUUCCUCAACGGCCUCCACCAUCUGCUGCUUACAUAAUGGGGAUGUCAACAACAAGCUCCUACAUGUCUGGGGAAGGCUUCCAGAGUCUGCAGUCUAUGAUGAAGACUGACGGACCCUCGUAUGGAAGCAUGCCAUCUUAUGGACCUCCAACUCAUGUCCCUUACCAUCCGCACGUGUACCCCAAUCCAUCUGUGCCUCCUCCCACAAAUUAUCCACCCAACAUCCCCCCUCCUAAUCCAGGAUAUCCCCCGCCAGGGUACAAUCCUACUUACCUGCCCCCUCCCCGAAUUCCCCCUGCUCAUACGGUGCCACCUCCACCGGCACUGGGUCUUCCGCCAACCAGUUACCCUCCCCCCACAGUACCGCCUGGGGGGCAACCUCCUGGACCACCGCCGCCGCCACCAGGCAUGCCACCUGUGGCCGGGCUAACUCGAGGUUGGUUGAGGUAAUGGAUGUUUGGACUUUGGUAAUUGUCAACUGUAAUUUGGCUUGUCAGAAGGUUUGGGGUGGCUCAAAAUGGUUUUGAUCGUCUUAUGUCCCACAUUUGAGUGGUGGUUGUUGCAGAUGCAAAUUAUUGAACAGAUGUAUAUACUAUUUACGUUUUAUUUUCUGUCAUACGCUGUCGUUUUGAGGUGCAGGUGAAUGAAGAAGACUUUUUCCUUUUGCACUGAUGCCUCAUCUUUUGUGUUUAACCACAUUUCUGCCCCUCUCCAUCCCAGCCAAAUAUGCUCCUGCUGCUAUUGUCUGCAGUUAAAAUAAACCUGCCCUUGAAACAGUCAAGUGAAAUCAGUGACCAGAGGUUUCAUAAUAUGUUGCAGAAGCUUUCCUCUGCUUUUCUCUUUUCUGCUUUUUUGGCUUAGUGUAUCACAAUUAGAACUUGUGCUGAUGUUGAUAGCUCAGGUAUCUUGGGUUGUUGGGCAAGAUAAAGAAUAAGUUAAAGGAAAGUUGGGACCCUAGGUUCAUACUUUGACCUGUGAUGGGGUUUGUUUUUAAUGUGGGUGCUGAUGGGCUGUGGAAGAUAUGAUUUGAAUUGACUUUGAUUGUAGUGACUUCCACUACAGAUUACUAAUCUCUAUUAAAUAUUGCUGUUACUUGAGAGCAAGUAAGAAAGUUUUUUUGAAUAUUUGUGCUCUUGCCUUAUAAAGAUAGCAGUAGUAAACAUGUUCUUUCUUUGCUCUCAUUGGUUAUUUCUCAUCCAUCAGCUCAGAUAAUUAGUGCUGGUAGAUUUUAAGCUAGAGAGAGUUAUCACUAUAUAUUGUUAUCUCAUUUGGGAGAGCACAUCAUCAAGGCUUGAGAAGUGAUCAAAAGCCAGCAAACAGUCCAACACUAUAGAUUUUCCUCUUCAUGUUCCAGUGGAGAAUUUGUGAAGCCAGUUAUGUGAGCUCUGUCCUGUCUCAAACUGCAAAUGUUUAAUUCAAGGAUCUAACGUCGUCAACAAUACUUAGCAUCAUACGUCGAUUAAUUUAAACUUCAACUCUUGUGUGGCUUCUCUCUUACCAUUGUAUCUAUUGUAAAAUUAACUCUUUCGUCACUAACUUCAUGUUUCAAGUUAGAAUCGUCUGACUGGAGGGAAGGUAUUGGUUUGGACAUGGUAGUUUAGGUACAGGUGAGCUGUGGUGAUUCUUGCACUUCCCAUCAUUGGUCCCCACCCCUCUAUUUCUGUGCUGAGGCAGAGAUUUUGGUUUGUUCCUUCAGUGAGCAUAUUACCCCGGAUGGUGUCAGUAACUGUUGUCCCUUGGAGGUCGUCAAACCCAUUCAAUUGUGGCCACUUAUCAUGAUUUGCCAAAAUCUUUCUCGCUGUCAUGCUCACUCUCUGUCGGACGUGCUCUCGCUCUCUAUAAUUACCCCCCCCCCCCCCACCCCCCCCAGUGCAAGGAAGCUGAAGCCAGUUGUCAUACUCUAGUUGUUGAACCGGUUGUACAAACUGCAUGAACGCUGGCUCUAACUGUUAAACCAUCAGGUUACAUUUUCAUUUUAUCACCCUGUUUGUAAACACAACUAGUUGGCAUGUUUUAUUUUUAUGUGGAUUGAUUUGUUACCUUGAAGAGGUGGAAUUGAUCUCUUGUUACUUUAUUAAGUUGUUUAUAUUCCCAGAACUGCUGCUUUUCCAACCUCAAAAUUGUCUUUCAAUGGAAAGACUAAAAAAUAAUGUCUAGGCAAGAUAGCCUUGGCUGUGAACUUUGGCUCCUGGUUGGAGAAAACAGGCCUGCACCACUGCUGCUGCAGUUAGGACUGUUUCCUUGGUAAUAUAUACGAGUGUUCAAAAAGAUUAUAAUUGUAUAUGAACUUAGUACUAACUUUUACAAGUACAAUGCAGCAGUGCAUUGGUUUAUGCUGGUCAAAUUAUUACAGUUCAUUGAUUUAUGCUGAUCAAGUGAUUGUUCCAGUCAGUAUCUCAGAUGUACACUGACAAGAUUCAUGCUUUUAAGUUUCAGUUGGAGCAUUCCACCUGGACAAUUGAAUUUUAAACUGGUCUGUUUAUUUCAUUAGUUUAGAUCCUCUAUUUUUCCAGUUGUCUGUAUAACUUGAGAAUUCUUUGUAAUUUACUCUUUCUCCGUAGACGAUUUGUCUAUAGGUAGAAUUAAGUUUAUUUUUCCAAAAAGUGUCAAAGCCUGAAUGUAACAUAUGAGGUUGUACUGUGAGCUGGGCAUUGUCCAGAGUAUUGUACAUUUAGUGGCUAAUUACAGCCUAAUAAAUUUGAUAUUGGAGCCAA